GUCUGAUCAUGGAUGCAGAGGCCUAUUUGAGCCGCAGGGCCCUCAUCCGCGACGUCGAAAGGUUGCUGGCGUCUGAAUUGGCUGCCUACAUGAACCUCAGAGACCCAGGAGCUGCGCGACACCUUGAAAUGUUGAACAACCGCACGGAUGAUUUUAUCUGGUCGGAAAAUAGUACGUCGGCACACGUUCCAGGAUUACCGUCGGAUUGCCGUCCGCCUAUGACUGACUCCGUUGCAGCAGUCGUUCGGUCCACAGAAGAAUUACUUCUAGGGGGAGACGAGGCGAACGACACUGGUGAAGAUAGAGAUGGGGUGAAAAGGCCUGAAAACACAACUGCACUGGAAGAUGACCAUCGUGUAGCCGAUCAUACUUUGGAUACUAUCACAGAUGCUACUCCUCCAGAUCCCACGAAAGAUGAAAAAAAUCUGCUGGACGAUGAGGUCAAGGGCGACAACAAGUCCGCAAGUGGAGUCUCCUUUGCAGUGGCGCCGCAUCAUAGUCGUAGAAACAACCAACCCGACAGUCGCGCGAAUUAUUCUCCUUUUAUGCUGCACAACAGGCGACCUAGAUCGCGCAUUCAUAUGCACCAGCGCAAAAUCUUCGAAACGGUGAUGGCUAUUCAGGACGAGGAGAAUGCGAGAAGUGCUGACAAUCGGAGCGCUUUUCUCGAUGAUGACGCUGAACUUAAAAAAGAUGACAAGGACGAAACAACAGCAACAAAACGUGAUAACAAGGACGACCUUGCACACGAUGGUUUGAUGUUGAGACCCUCCAUGUUCGACAAUGUGGUGAAUCGGCAUGCGCAAGGGUCGUGCCACGCAUUGGACCUGUUCGAAAAUGCUUUGGAGACGAAUCGUCCGCCUUUUUUUCUGCCGAAGCGUCUCAAGCUGGAUAUUCAGAGGCAUUUGAGACCUCAUUUCGAGCGCACGUACUUUAGUUGCUACGGUUGUUGUCGGGAGAUCGUUGACGAGCCUCCUCACCCCGUGUACCUGUACUCGUGUCAGCGCUGCGGAGAGAAAUUCGAGCGCAACAGGCACCUUUCGCGGGACUUGAGCGGUCACGUGGCACUAGUCACUGGUGGGCGCACGAAACUGGGCCACCAGUGCGCACUGAAGCUUCUCCGCGCUGGCGCGACGGUGGUAGCAACGACGCGCAACAAAAAAGGUGCAGAGGAGCUCUUCAGCGGUUACCGCGAUUUCCCCGUCUUCGCAAAGCGGCUUGUCAUAGUGGACUGCGAUUUCGAUACUCCGAACCUUAGGGGCGAGUUUGAGACAAUGAGAGACACCAUGAUGAAAAGUCAUGGUAUCCACAGACUAGAUAUUUUGAUCAAUUGCGCGGCGCAGACUAUCAGGGCGCGUGACAAAGCGGACGAUGUGUUGAAAAAAUGUGCAGAAAACUCUUCGACGGAAAUCACAGCAGAACGUCUACCUGUGGGUUCAGAUGCGUUGACUAUGCGCAUGCUCUUUGGUUUGCUUUUUGCGCACAUCCGCGUUUCAUGUUGCCUCUAUUUUGCCUCGAUGUUGGGGCAUUUGCGGAAAGUGCUUUGCCGCUUUUUUUCCUUGACAUCCAAGCGCACCACUGAAACAACGACAUCUCACGUUUCACCAGGAGAACAUGAUGUGAACGAAAAAGUGCUGCGAUUUAAUGGGCAGGAAGAGAAGAUGGGAAACAACAGAUACGGCGACAGUAAAUUCGUGUCUAAUUCGUGUACCAACAGCUGGCAAAUGCGCUUGGCCGACAUGGAGCAGGGCGAGAUGGAGGAAGUGCUGAGAAUCAAUGCUGUUGCGCCAGUUUUGUUGGUGCAAACGUUUAUGGACAUGCUGCAAGCGUCAGCAGAGACGCCGUUUAUUAUCAAUGUGCACGCAAGAGAAGGACUACUCGAAGUACACAAGGAUGAUCUCCACCUACACACGAACAUGGCGAAGGCAGCGCUGCACAUGGUCACUAAGUGCCUGGCGCAGUGCAGCCGCCAGUCUCGUGUGCCCACUGAAGACAGCGCCGCGUCUAAAAACGAAUUCUUGAACUCAAGAACGGUGCUGCGGACUGAUAGGAAGAAGAUAACGGAAGCGGAAGACGCAAUGGACACGUCGAUGUCUUGUUCAUCAAAUUCUGGUUCUUGUGCGGCCUGGAACAGUACUGGAAUGCCCGUUUUGGAGAACAAUGUUAAACUUACGUCGAAGCCCUUUUCUGUCCAUGGGGUAGAUCCCGGAUGGAUCUCGGUUGACGAGUAUUAUGAGGAUUCGCGCCCCUGGGUGGUGCCGCCGCUUGAUGAGGUCGACGGAGCCGCGAGAAUUUUGUAUCCUGUUUGGAAGAAGUUGCCAAGCCAGGAGAGAACACGCAGGCACUUUGACCACCAGUUGCUCUACUGA